UGUUCACUUAACAGAAAACAAAAAUAGUGAAACUAACACAAAAUGGGAACACCCUUCAAGCCAAUACCAAGCACAAGAAGAAGCACAUACUAUAGACUAGAAACCAAGAACUUAUCUUACAAAUUGUGCAGCCAAUUUGAUGAGUUUAGAAGGCUUUGUUUCGGGUCGAAUCGGAGGAGGAGGAGCAGCGCAGGGAAAUACAUUUUGAAGGAUGUUACUUGUGAAGCAAGGCCAGGGGAGUUGACAGCCAUUGCUGGCCAUAGUGGAGCUGGAAAAACCACCCUGCUUGAAAUCCUUGCUGGGAGAAUAUCUCCCGGCAGAGUUUCCGGCCAAUUGCUGGUGAAUCAUCGGGAGAUGGAUCCGAACCGGUUCAGAAGAAUUUCAGGUCAUGUGACACAGGAAGAUGCUCUGUUUCCAUGUCUUACAGUGAGAGAGACACUCAUGUAUAGUGCUAUGCUGAGGCUUCCCGGGGGCAGAAAAGUGGCUGCUACAAGAGUUGAGGAGUUGAUGAAGGAGCUUGGGUUGGAUCAUGUUGCGGAUUCAAGAAUUGGUGAUGGAUCAAGCCAUGGAAUUUCGGGUGGCGAAAGGAGGAGAGUCUCUAUUGGUGCUGAUUUAGUUCAUGACCCUGCAGUUAUCUUGAUUGAUGAACCAACUUCAGGGUUGGAUUCUGCUUCAGCUCUUAAUGUAAUCUCAUUGCUUAGACUAAUGGCAUUCAAUCAAGGAAAGACUAUUGUUCUGACUAUCCACCAACCUGGUUUUCGCAUCUUGGAGCUUCUUGAUGGCCUCAUUUUGCUCGCGGAUGGAUUCGUCGUGCACAAUGGUUCCUUGAGUCUUCUUGAGGCUAGGCUCAGGUUAUCCGGCCAUCAAAUUCCGCGUCGCGUCAAUGUCCUUGAAUAUGCACUUGAUGUCAUGGAAAGCUUGGUUAUUCAUACAUCAUCAGAGUCUGAGGACAAUCAAUAUCUUCUUAGAGACAGAGAGUAUGAAGAUCACAGGAUGAGAAUGCAUUGUUCCAAGAUUGCUAAAGAAAAGGCUCUCUUGUACUCCAAUUCUCCUAUGGAAGAGAUUCUAAUCUUAGGAAGAAGAUUUUGCAGCAACAUAUUCAGAACUAAGCAACUCUUUCUCACCAGAGUUAUACAAGCCUUAGUAGCUGGAUUCAUUCUUGGAACUAUAUUCUUGAAUACAGGUAACAAGCAAGGUCAAUUAGCAUUGCAAACGCGAAGCGGCUUCUUCGCUUUCAGCCUUACCUUUCUGUUAUCUUCCACCACAGAAGGCUUGCCAAUUUUCUUGGAAGAGAGAAGAACUUUGAUGAGAGAGACCUCAAGAGGAGCUUAUAGAGUUUCUUCCUAUGUUCUUGCAAAUACACUUGUUUUUCUUCCUUUCCUUCUAAUGGUUUGUGUUCUAUAUACCACCCCGGUUUAUUGGCUUGUAGGAUUAAGGAAAGACAUUGAUGCAUUCCUCUACUUCUCUCUAGUUGUUUGGUUGGUCCUCCUCAUGUCGAACUCUCUUGUGGCGUGUUUCAGCGCUCUUGUGCCGAAUUUCAUCCUUGGAAACUCAGUGAUCGCAGGCCUAAUGGGGUCUUUCUUUCUGUUUUCGGGGUAUUUCAUAUCGAAGGAGAAGAUGCCUAGCUACUGGAUUUUUAUGCACUAUUUGAGUUUAUUCAAAUACCCUUUUGAGUGUCUUAUGAUAAAUGAGUAUGGAGAAGAGCAAGGAAGAAGAAGAUGCCUAGAAACUAGGAAUGGAGAAUGCAUAUUGCAUGGAGUUGAGUUCUUAGAACAACAGGGUUUGAAGGAGUCAAAAAAGUGGACCAAUUUGGUUGUAAUGUUGGGGUUCAUAAUAGGGUAUAGAGUUCUUUGCUUUUGUAUUCUUUGGUUCAGAUGUUACAGAACCAGAAACUGAAAUCAGGUUUACCACAAAUUAUUAGGUGCUAAUUACAACCAUU